CCCCGCCGCUCCCCUCAGAGGCGCUCGGCGCGCGGGGGGCGAUGGCGGCGGUGCCGCCCUGGGGGUCUGGGCGGGUCCGGCCCCUGUCCGCCCGCGGCUGCUACCUGUCCGCCCGCGAGCAGCGGGAGGAGGACGAAAACGAGCAGGAGGGGGAGGACGGGGAGACGGCCCCGCUGCUGCCGCCGCCGCCGGGCAGCAGUUCCUCAAGUCGUGGUUCUUCCUUUGCUUUCUCAGUAUUUAAYUUAAUGAAUGCAAUCAUGGGCAGUGGGAUACUUGGCUUAUCCUAUGCUAUGGCCAACACAGGGAUCUUGGGGUUUAGUAUCUUGCUGCUGAUUGUUGCCAGCCUUGCUUCUUACUCUGUGUUUCUUCUGCUCAGUAUGUGCACUCAGACUGCUGUCACUUCUUAUGAAGACCUUGGCCUGUUUGCAUUUGGAUCAGCUGGAAAGGUCCUUGUUGCAACUACAAUAAUUAUCCAGAAUAUUGGAGCCAUGUCAUCCUAUCUSUUAAUUGUGAAGUCUGAACUUCCUGGGGCUGUUGAGGGGCUUUUGACUGGAGCCGAGAGCGGGUCGUGGUACCUCGAUGGGCGAGUGCUGCUGCUGCUUACUUCAGUCUGCAUUGUUUUUCCUCUUGCCCUUCUUCCUAAAAUUGGCUUUCUUGGCUACACAAGUAGUUUAUCAUUUUUCUUUACGGUGUACUUUACUCUUGUGGUUAUGAUUAAAAAAUGGUCGAUCCCUUGUCCUCUACCUCUGAGUAGUGCCAUGGAGACUUUACAGGUUUCAAAUUCUACUGGGGAUUGUAAAGCAAAGCUCUUUCAUCUUUCAAAAGAGAGCGCUUAUGCAAUACCAACUAUGGCCUUCUCUUUUCUGUGCCAUACCUCAGUCCUGCCAAUCUAUUGUGAGCUCCAAAGUCCGUCCAAAAGGAGAAUGCAGAUGGUAACUGUCACAGGAAUUGGUCUGAGYUUCCUAAUUUACUUUAUGUCUGCUCUCUUUGGGUAUCUGACAUUUUAUGAUAAAGUGGACUCUGAAUUGCUCCAAGGUUACUCCAGGUACCUGCCCCACGAUACCAUCAUCAUGACUGUGAGAGCAGCCAUUCUGUUUGCUGUGCUGCUGACAGUCCCUCUGAUCCAUUUCCCUGCAAGGAAAGCUGUGUUGAUGGUAUUUUUYUCUCAUCUUCCUGUGUCGUGGAUUUGCCAUAUCCUUGUCACCUUAACACUGAAUACAAUUGUUGUUCUGUUUGCGAUGUAUGUGCCAGACAUCAAAAAUGUAUUUGGAAUAGUUGGUUCAACCACAUCAACAUGUUUGCUUUUCAUUUAUCCUGGGCUAUUUUAUCUUAAACUUAACAGAGAGGACUUUAUAUCACCACAGAAACUUGGGGCAUGUGCCUUGGUUAUUUUUGGCAUUUGUGUUGGCCUUCUCAGUUUGGUUCUAAUACUUUUCAAUUGGGUUCAUCAGUGACAGCCUACUGGCACUGUCUGAACUGAGCUUCAGGAGGACAGCAAGAGCCAGAGAGGUGCCAACACUACUGCAAUGAGUGCUGUUCAUCCUAAAGAAACACUGACCAAAGCUGCCAAUGGAAGAAGUAAUGCUCUUUUCAACUCCAUUAAUGAUGGCCUUUCUUUAAUCUUGAGUCAUGCUCUUCAGUUAUUGGACAAUUCWUCUUUACUGUUCUAAAAUAUGAGUUUUUUAUGAUGUAAUAAUGAUAGGUGAAAAGGUGUCUUGAGAAUUUCUGCGAUGCAAAAAUGGUUUGGGGCUCAUCAUGGCCAAAAGUAGAAACUUGACAUAAAUUAUCCUUUCAAGACAACAAGGUGAAUAGACAUUACAUUAGUCAUUGUGUGUGAUAUAUGCACUUACAGUAAUGCACAUUGUCCUAAUCCUUGAAAAACUUCAAUUGCUGGAAUAAUUUCCAAAAUUUCAGCCAGUUCACAUUAAGAACUUGUUGAUUCCAAGUGUUUACCCUAGUUUAUCUUAAGAUGGAUCCAGAAACCAAUUGCCUUAGCUCAGUUUAAUGGGCAUGUCAUGAUAAUAUUUGUUAAUUGUCUUUUAAAAUAGUUUUUCUAUGUCAGCACACUUGAAUCAUCUUGAUGUAAUUUUUAAAUUAGCAGGCUUUGCCCAUCAGGCAUAAUAGCUCUUAGUAGCAUUUCAUUUUGUAUUUUCAUUUUGCAGUUAAUAAUAGACAUUUUUCAACUAAUACUUGCUUUUGAAACCACUCAAUAUACCUCAAUAUU